AUGGGACAAGAUAUGUUGGUGAAAAUCCUACCAACUCUGCCUCCCAAAACUCUGAUGCGAUUCAAAUGUGUCUCUAAAUGGUGGUUUGCUCUCAUCAACAAUCCGGGUUUCGUGUCAAAGCACCUCUCCAACUCCGCGAACAACAAUCUCACCACUCUUCACGUCCUUUUGGAGCGAUUAGUAGUGCAGCGGAAGCAUAAGGAGGAGGAGGAGGACCCCAAGUGUAACAGCACCACUAAGAAGGAGGAGGCUGAAGACGUAUUAUCAUUUCUUGAGUUUUGCAAAGACGAUGAUAAUAUUGAUCACGAGCAUAGCAAUAGCUGCUCUCUUGUUAGUGUCCAGGACAUCAUUAUUCCUCAUUCUUUGGUUCAAAAGAUCGGAGUCUCGGAAAAACAAUUUAGUAUCCAAGGCCACUAUGGCAUCGUUUUACUAUCUAGUGAGAGUAGCCUAGUUUUAUGCAAUCCCGGAAUUGGGGAAUUCAAUCGUGUUCCCGAUGAGCCAUGCCUUCCAAUGUGGCCCUUGGACCAGCCGGAUGAUUACGAUGGGCAAGACCAUCUCGAAACUGGUUUUCAUAUUGGAUUUGGCUAUGAUCCCAUGUCUAACGAGUACAAAGUUGUGACCUUUACUACUUAUUUUCAAGGGGUAGAUGAAGACUGCCGGAGAUUUCUUAGUCGGCACAAAGCAGUAGUAUACACCAUGGGUUGUGAUUUUUGGGAAGAGAUCAACACCGAUUCUUUAGAAACCGAAACUACUUUGUUUUGGCCUGAGUAUUUCCAGAUGUUCUUCAAGGGAAUGUGUUAUUGGCUGGGAAUUGAGCAAGAUAAGGAAUUAUUGUUGGUAUUUAGACAAUCUUUCAUCAUUAAUAAAACUUGA